CCCAGUGACAAGUGACAUCCAAACUCAGAACCUUCUCCCACCUCCAGUCACCAUGCCCUACAACUGCUGCUCUGGAAACUCCUUCUCUCAGUCCUUUGGGGGCUACCUGCGCUACCCAAGGUCUUCCUGUGGCUCUUCCUACCCAAACAACUCGUUCUACAGUGCAGGACUCCAAUGUCCCAGCACAUGUCAGCUGGGCUCCUCUUUGUACAGUGGCUGUCAGGAGCCUGGCUGUGAGCCCACCAGCUGCCAGACUUCCUAUGUGGUGUCCAGCCCCUGCCAGACGUCCUGCUACCGCCGGAGGACCUCCACACUCUGCAAUCCCUGCAGGACAAUUUACACGGGGUCUCAGGGCUUUGGAUCCAGCAGCUGCAACUCCCUGGGCUGUGGAUCUAGAAGCUCCUAUUCCCUGAGCUGUGGACCAAGGAGCUGCCACUCCUCAGGCUGUGGAUCUAGUGGUUUCAGACCCCUGGGUUAUAGAGUCCAUGGCUUUCCUUCACUGGGUUAUGGAUCUGGGUUCUGCCGCCCAUCCUGCUCAGCCUCUAGGACCUGCCAGUCUUCUUGUUUCCAGCCAACCUGUUGGUCUGGAUCCGGCGUCUGUUGAUCAUCUUAUUAAGUUUCUAAUGCCAUUGGCCAAUGUCUUUAAUGCCUCUAUUAAUAAUUGUUAUAGUCUUCCUAUUUAGCUUCCUAUUUUCUGAUUAUCAGUUUCUCACCCUGUCUCUGGCAUCAAAUCCUGGCUGACAGACUUCAUCUGAAAAUCUGUAAUUUGUGUACUAACUCAAAAUAAAGUCUAAAGUCUUCAUUGGAGAUAAAAUUUAUGUUAUAGGAUAACUACUCAUUAUUGUUUGAAAAAACAAAUUUUUACUCAAUAAAUGCAUUGAUUCUGAUAUAAAUCUAUAUUAGAU